AAGGUGAGAAGCAGUGGGAAAUGGCAUUUAAAGUACUUCCUUUUGGCCUAAUUAAUUCAGCCCAAAAAUACUUGACCGGAGAGGUCUUCAACUACAAAGUGAAUGCAACAGGUUCCUCACUGAAUAGGAAUCAAAUAUGGACCAUCGAGUUCACCAGGGAGGACUCCCCCUUGGUGCAUAUUCAAAGUUCCUUUAAUAGGUACAUUGCUGCAGACAAGGAUGGCAAGGUCACCUGUGAUCAGGAGCUUCCCAAUCCAAAUUGUGUAUUCAUCAUGAUGCUUCACCCAGAUGGAAGAGUUUCCUUCCAGUCAGAGCCUUCCAAACGGUACUUAGGAGGAAACCAGGACAACAUCACCUGCUUUGCCCAGGCAAUCUCGGACAGCGAGAAGUGGGUGCCUCACCUAGUCAUUCAUCCUAGUGUCAACAUGUUCAACCCCAGCAGCGAUAGUUAUCUCCGGCUGAAUGAAAAGAACGAACAAGUGUGUUGUGAUAAGUGCUCACCCUGGGGCUCUGACUGUGUAAUGACGCUUUACUUUGACAUCAAAGAGAAAAAAUAUGCCAUUAGGACAGGAAAUGGAAGUUUCAUUGCAUUUAAUGGGAAGACUGAGCCGGAAAUAUCACACAAGACAUUAUAUCAUCUACAGAUAAAGAAUGGGAUGAUCUGUCUGAAAGAUGUGCAUGGAAAGUUCCUUUCUGUGAAGGACUGCAAUGUUAAAGCAAUCAGAACUUUGAAUCCAGGUGCAGAUGAACUUUUCAUCAUUGAUCCUUCUCCUGGGCAGUUUAGUAUCAUGUCCUUGACCAAUAAGAAGUACGUGUCCUGCAAAGCUGGUCCAGCUGUCUAUUCUAACGUCGUUGAUACAAAGGAUGCCGAAACUUUCCAAAUUAUGGUGCACUCGACAAAAAAGAAAGUGUGCUUCCAACACAUUUCCAGCUAUUACCUUGCAGUUGGUGUCAAUGGCUUCAUAGAAGUCUGCACUGAGUUGGAAUUUAACUGCUGGUUUCAAAUAGUAUACAACGGGGAAAAGGCAGCUAUGAAAACAAUAGAUGGGAGGUAUGUGACUGUCAACAAUGAAGGUCAGCUCUUGGUGGGGCCAAGUUCAAUUGGAAAAGAGGAGGAAUUUAUCUUCAAACUUGCAAACCGAUCACAGCUAAUACUUCAUAGUGAUUUUGGAUUUGUUGGCAUUAUGCCUGAGAAGCAGAUUUUGGUGUGCAACAGGCCCAUAUAUGAAGCAAGCCAAAUAACUAUCACUGACAAUGGAUUUUAUCAGUUCAAAAUAGUAUCUCUGGACAAAUACUGGGAAGUAGAUGAAGACGACUCGAUCAAUGCCACAGGAGAAACUCCUGUCAACUUCACUAUUGAAUUGAUCACUUCCGAUCAAAUAAUCCUAAAAGGACCCAAUGGAAAAUAUGUUGUAGCAAAACCUGAUGGUAGCUUCAAAGCCGUGGGGGAAGAUGCCAGCUCUGCCACUUUGUUCCGAUAUUAAAUAUCUUAAGCAGAUAAAAUCCUGCUGCCAAGUUUGAAAGUAACUCAGUUCCAACCCAAGUUAAACCACGUGGAAUCAAAGGAACGAGUAACAUUCAGAUCAAAAGUAUUAAACUAUAUUCCUGCUAUCAUCUGUGAGUUUCACAACAUUUAAUACAUAGGAAAUAUUUUACUGCCAAUAAAUGUGAUGUGUAGCUAGUCUCUGUGGUAAUAUGCAGUGCUCUGCAGUGUGCUAUAUACAGUAGUGAACUGUAAAAUAAAACAUCUAUUCUCCCAGUGAAUUAAUUAUUAAUUUAACUAGGGGCAUUAUAGAGCAGGGAUGAGACAAAGGCCCGAUGAUGAAGAAGAAGGAAGAGGAGUAUUGUUGCUCAGUACCAAGAGGAUAAUUCCAGUGGUCCUGAUAAAGUUCCACAACAGAAAUGCAUGCACCCCUUCUUCAUCAAUGAUUUAGAGAGACUAAAAUAUCUUGUUGCCACCCAAUUCUUAUUUAAGCAUCUACCUAAGGCAUAACUGUUUAAAGCUGCACAAUAUUGAUUUUGUGGGCCAACAAAAGUUGUAAUUCAGUAAGAAACUUAAUCCUGAGCGAUUCUUUGCCCUUCUUGUAUUUUUGUAUGCAUUUCUGCAAUGAUACCAGUACGUUUUUUAAUGAUCCAGGCAGCUCCAACAAAAGUAUUAAAACCUUUUUUGUGUAAAUUAAGAGUUGUAUGGUUGAAGAAUUGAAGAUUACUAGAGUUUCCUAUGUGACCAAUUAAGCAAAAUCCUUCAGUGCAUUUAAAUAUAAUACGUCUUUAGUGAUUGUUUAAAUCCUUUACAAUAAUUGCGAUGCACAAUAUAAAAAAUGCAAAUGGCAUGCCUUGUCAGUGUGGUUUGAGAUUUGAAACCUCGUAAUUCCAAAAGACAUUGCAAAAGGAAAGAAUGCUAAUUGGUGUUGAUGGCAAAUUUUACCCAACAGACCAUAUUUAUAAAAGAUAAAUUGCUACUUUUGAGUUAUUGGCCCAAAUAUUGCACUUAUAAUGAUGGGGAAAAGGAGUUGGCUUUGCCAUCAUCAGCAUUAAGCUGAAAACGUAUAGACUUUGGGAUUUCUGCUCAUGCUUAAUUUAGUUAUUCCAGUGUGAAUAGUUCUACAGCAUCGCAAUCUUAAAUGCUUUGAGGUGAUCAGCCUGUUUUUUUUUUCUGAGUAACUAACCAAUUUCAUCUGAGAUAAAUAAAUUGCAAUUACGGUGAACAUCAAUUCUGGCAACAAGCUGAAUAUCAAGAUUGUGAAUAACGAAUUGUAAUCUUAAUUUAUAUAACGAACCAGAGUUUUAUGUACAUAAUUCCAAGGCUUUGGUAGGUGGGCCUUGUGACUUCCUAAGGAUAUUAACUUUUGUCCUCAUGUAUGGAACAAUUUAAUUUGCAUCAGUUUCUGAUCUUCAAUAUUCAACCUCCUACAGUUUCAAUGAUAGUGUUUAAAUAGCGAUGAAAGCAUUUUUAAUGAGAUAAUUUUCUUUGAUAGGCUCUUAGAUAACAAGUUGUUUGCAUUUGCUCAAAUCACCCCAUCAACCUACUGUCUCAUCAUAGGUAGAUAGCUUUAAGGUGAAAGGAGAUGUGCGGGACCCAGAGCCUGCAAUACAUUACCCGGGCUGGUGUGGAGGCAGAUAUGAUAUUUGUGUUUAAGAUGCUUUUACAAAGCCACAUAAAUUAGCAGAGAAUGAAGGGAUAUGGAUUAUGUGCAGGUUGAUAACAUUGUUUUGGAAUCAUGUUUGGCAUAGACAUUUUGGACCAAAGGGCCUGUUCAUGUGCUGUGGUUUUCCACGUGUUACGUUCUUGCCAUAAAUCAUUUUUGUUUCCAGAAACAUAUUAACCUAGAUUUUUGCUGGGUUUUUUUUCCACAAGGAUUUGCUGACAUUUACACAUGAAAAUGCUUGCCAGUUGUGGGACUCCCAUGUUAAUGCAAUAGGUCCCGUUAUGCUGGAUGAGGUCUGCUCCAGAGGGUAAGAUGAGGAAUCUGCUCCAUGAUCAUGCACCAGUUGAGACCACUUGCAGGAUCAUUGAAUCAGUCGGGAGGA